AUGCCGGGAGAGAUUGUAACGCUUCAGGUCGGGCAGUGUGGUAACCAGGUUGCGAGCGAAUUCUGGCGACAGCUGUGCUUGGAGCACGGCAUCGGGCUGGAUGGCAACCUGCAGGACUUCGCGACGCAGGGCGACGAUCGAAAGGACGUGUUCUUCUAUCAGGCGGACGACCAGCACUACAUCCCGCGCUCCGUUUUACUAGACCUAGAGCCGCGCGUGGUGAAGGGCAUCCAGGCGGGCGAGUUCCGCGCGCUCUUCAACGCGGAGAACGUGUAUGUGGCGGAGCACGGGGGGGGCGCGGGGAACAACUGGGCGAGCGGGUUCGACCAGGCGCGCGCGCAGCAGGAGGCGAUUAUGGAGAUGAUCGACAGGGAGGCGGAGGGCAGCGAGAAUCUGGAAGCCUUCUACCUCUGCCACUCCGUGGCUGGAGGCACUGGGUCAGGCAUGGGGUCGUAUCUCUUGGAAGAACUGCACGACCGAUACCCUAAGAAGCUCGUGCAGACGUACAGCGUCUUCCCGAACCAAUCAGAAACGUCUGACGUGGUGGUCCAGCCGUACAACUCGCUGCUGACCCUCCGCCGGCUGACUCAGCACGCGGACAGCGUGGUUGUCCUCGACAACACAGCACUGGAUAGAAUCGCCGCCGAGAGAUUGCGGCUGCACCAGCCGACGUUUGCCGAGACGAAUUCUCUGGUGGCGAUGGUCAUGGCUGCGAGUACUAAUACCAUUCGGUAUCCGGGGUUCAUGAGCAAUGAUCUAGCGUCCAUGGUGUCGUCGCUCGUGCCCACGCCUCUCUGCCACUUUCUGGUUUCCAGCUACACGCCCCUGACUGUGCAGAGGCAGGAGAACGUGAUUCGCAAGACAUCAGUCUUUGACGUCAUGAGGCGGCUGCUGCAGCCGCAGAACUGGAUGGUUUCGUCUCACUACGGCCGAGCGCGGGACGUGAGUGCCGCCCGGUACAUGGCGAUUCUGAACGUGAUUCAAGGGGAGGUGGAUCCAGGGGAGGUGAACAAGAGCAUGCAGCGCAUCCGAGAGAAGCAGGCGGCUUCGUUCAUCGAAUGGGGCCCUGCCAACAUCCAGGUGGCUCUCUCGCGCAAGUCCCCUUACGUGCAGACAGGGCACAAAGUGAGCGGGCUCAUGCUGGCGAACCACACAGGCAUGAGGCACCUGUUUGGGCGCUGUGUGAAGCAGUAUGAGAACAUGCGCCGCAAGUCCGCCUUCCUCGAGCCCUACAAGCAGUUCUCCAUGUUCUCUGACAACCUGGUGGAGUUUGACGAAUCACACGAGGUGGUGCGGUCAAUGAUUGACGAGUACCGCAUGUGUGAGACAUCCGAUCCACUUGCUUACGAGUUUGAAGGUGCGGCAGCAUAA